AUGAAGCAACACAUCUGCUUCAGUGUGCUGGGAGGUGCUCUGGGCUUUGCAGUGCAAAAGGCCAAUAUCAGUGGCCUGGAGGAUUUUCUGGUUAGAGGUUUCUGGGAAACAGAAUUCCUGUGCAACGGGACAAACACGGAGAAGAGUCAAAAGCCUUGCAAAGCCAAUCAGGAUUUAGCGGAGCUCAGUAAUAAUGACGAUGAUGUGGAAGAGCUAAGGUACUCCACCAAUAUCUAUAAAGCCGUCUACGCCAUAUCACAUUCUCUGCACAGCAUCUUGAAGUGUUCAGAGGGUCAAGCAUGUAAAAAAGCUGUGGAAAUGAAGCCAUGGGAGGUAGUGGAGGCUCUAAAAAAUGUGAACUUCACUGUUAAGAACGGGGACAGAGUGUGGUUUGAUCAAACUGGAGCUGCUGUUGCCAUGUAUGAGGUGGUGAACUGGCAACGUGGAACGGAUGGAUCGGUUCAGUUUAGACCCGUUGGCUACUAUGACGCCUCGCUACCUUCUGGCAAGAGGUUUGUUCUUAACACAGAUGCUAUAAUGUGGCCAGGGGGGACAAAAGAGCUACCUGUGUCAGUCUGCAGUGAAAGCUGUCGUCCAGGAACCCAUAAAGUCCUUCAAAAAGGAAAACCCGUGUGCUGCUUUGACUGUGUGCCGUGUCCGGUUGGAGAAUUUAGCAACACGACAGAUUCUAUUGACUGCAAAAAGUGCCCCGAAGCAUAUUGGUCCAGUCAGAACAGAGAUGCAUGUUUACCAAAGGAAAUUGAGUUUCUCUCUUUUACUGAAGUUAUGGGCAAAAUACUGAUAUUUUUCACCUUGUUCGGCGUUGUGCUAACUUUAAUAGUAGCCACACUGUUUUUAGUCAAUAAGGACACUCCACUGGUGAAGGCAAACAACUCUGAGCUCAGCUUCCUGUUGCUGUUCUCCUUGUCUCUGUGUUUCUUGUGUUCUUUAACCUUUAUCGGCCAGCCCACCGAGUGGUCCUGCAUGCUGCGGCACACAGCGUUUGGCAUCACCUUCGUCCUCUGCAUCUCUUGUAUUCUUGGGAAAACAAUCGUGGUCCUAAUGGCCUUUAAAGCUACACUUCCAGGCAGCAACGUGAUGAAAUGGUUUGGGCCUGCACAGCAGAGACUCACUGUUUUGUUUUUCACUUUUAUACAGGUCAUAAUUUGCAUCCUGUGGUUAACAAUAAAUCCCCCCUUUCCUUUAAAAAACCUCCAGUACUAUAUGGAGAAGAUAAUCCUCGAGUGCGCUCUGGGUUCACCUGUUGGCUUUUGGGCUGUGUUGGGAUACGUUGGAUUCCUUGCCUUGCUGUGUUUUGUCCUUGCUUUCUUAGCCAGAAAGUUGCCAGAUACCUUCAAUGAGGCCAAACACAUAACCUUCAGUAUGUUGAUAUUCUGUGCCGUGUGGAUCACCUUCAUCCCAGCUUAUGUCAGCUCUCCUGGAAAUCUCACGGUAGCUGUGGAGAUAUUUGCUAUUCUAGCAUCAAGUUAUGGGAUACUGUUUUGUAUAUUUGCACCGAAAUGCUUUAUUCUAGUUGUGAGGCCUGAGCUGAACACAAAGAAACACCUGCUGGGAAAAACACAACACUAGUUAGUUUCAUAUGAUACACAAUCUUUGCUUUACUUUUA